CCUCAAACCCGGAACAUAGCCAUGGUAAUUGGUGCUUAUGCAUCACCUUUAGUUCAUGACAAAUGAGCCUUCUACCACUCCGAUUUCCUAUCUCAAUUCCUUUUCUUUCACAGCCAAGUUUACCUUCACCUUGGUUACUCGUACACAAGCACCUGCUUACACUUCCUCGACCGAGCCGGAGCUGGUUCAAGCUUGAGCAAGUGCCACAGAGCUACCACCGAGGCGUUACUAACACAUCUACAAGCUCCAGGAACUACUCAACUACAGCAAAAAUGCCUUCCCAUCCCCAAGACGAAGUCCAGCACCAUUCCCUCACCGACCCCGAAUCCUUCUGGGCCGAACAAGCGUCUCACCUCACCUGGCACAAGAAGCCCAGCUCCACGCUCGUCAAGACCUCCAAGUCGCUCAAAUCUGGUACCAAACACGAUCAUUGGGAAUGGUUCCCAGACGGUGAGAUCUCGACCUGCUACAAUUGCGUAGACAGACAUGUGGAGGCAGGCAAUGGUGACCAGACGGCAAUCAUCUGGGAUAGUCCAGUAACGAAGUCGAAGAAGAAGAUAACAUAUAAGGAGUUGCUGGAGGAGGUGGAGACUUUUGCGGGGGUAUUGAAGGAGGAGGGGCUUAAGAGAGGUGAUGUCGUUUUACUUUAUAUGCCCAUGAUUCCAGCUGCACUCAUUGGCAUACUCGCUACGAUACGAAUUGGAGCUAUCCAUGCAGUUGUCUUCGGAGGAUUCGCCGCAGCAUCUCUAGCCCAACGAAUUGAAGCUUCCAAACCAGCAGCUAUUCUCACAGCUUCUUGCGGAAUCGACGGCGCCAAGCCUCCCUUGUCAUACAAAUCUUUCAUCAGAGAAGCAAUUGAGCAGUCAGCACAUAAGCCCAAUAAGACCAUCAUCUGGCAACGAGACCAGCUGAGAUGGGACCCAGUAGACAAGAACAAUGGUGAGAGAAACUGGCAGCGAUUGGUGAAGAGCGGGAGAGGCAGAGGUGUCAAGGCUGGUUGCGUUCCUGUCAAAUCCAGUGAUGGCCUCUACAUCAUCUAUACUUCUGGAACCACCGGACUUCCUAAAGGUGUUCUCAGAGAUGCAGGCGGUCAUGCAGUUGGUCUUCAUCUGUCAAUCAGCUAUCUUUUUGGUAUUCAUGGCCCUGGAGACGUUAUGUUCUGCGCAUCAGAUAUUGGCUGGGUUGUCGGUCAUGCUUACAUUUUGUAUGCACCUCUCCUGACUGGAGCUACGACUAUCCUUUAUGAAGGCAAGCCAGUCGGUACUCCCGACGCUGGUGCUUUCUGGCGAAUCAUCGAAGAGUACAAAGUCAAUUCUCUCUUCACAGCACCAACAGCACUUAGAGCCAUCCGAAGAGAUGAUCCGGAGAACAAGAAGUUUAAGGAAGUCGGCAAGCGAGGUGGGUUCAAGACUUUGAAUGCCCUCUUCCUCGCAGGAGAAAGAUCGGAACCGAGUAUCAUCACCAUGUACCAGGGCCUGCUCCAGGAGUAUGCAGACGGAGCACCUGUGGUUGAUCAUUGGUGGUCGUCUGAGUCUGGAUCCCCAAUGUCAGGUAUCGCACUUGUUCCACACGCUGGGAAGGAUCGCAAGACCAAGAAGAGAGAUGUGGCACCACUUGCUAUCAAACCAGGAAGUGCAGGUAAAGCCAUGCCAGGCUGGGACGUUCGUGUCGUUGAUGAUGAGGGGAAAGAGGCUAAGAAAGGAACGAUGGGCAAUAUCGUCCUUGGUAUGCCACUUGCUCCCACAGGCUUCAGAACGCUCUGGCAAGACGAGGAGAGAUUCUACAAAGGCUAUUUGAAACGAUUUGAUGGCAAAUGGGUUGAUACGGGUGACGCUGGGAUGAUCGAUGAGGAUGGAUAUAUCCACGUUAUGUCUCGAUCUGACGACAUUAUCAACGUGGCUGCUCAUCGAUUCAGCACUGGUAUAUUCAUCUUCUCUGCAUGACCCUGCAUAUACUUACGAAAUCACAGGCUCCAUCGAACAAGCCAUCUCCUCCCACCAAACCAUCGCCGAAUGCUGUGUAGUCGGCAUCCCGGACGCCUUGAAAGGCCAUCUCCCAUUCGCCUUCGUUACACUCUCCACCGCCGACCACCCACCCUCCGCCGUCCCCUCUGACCAACUUUUCGGCGAAGUCCAAAAGCUAGUCCGCACUCAAAUCGGCGCCAUUGCUUCUCUCGGUGGUAUGAUCCAAGGCAAAGGCAUGAUUCCUAAGACACGUUCUGGGAAGACGCUUCGAAGAGUUUUGAGAGAAUUGGUGGAGAAUGCGGUACAUGGGGAUUUCGAUAAGGAGGUUCAGGUGCCUGCUACCGUGGAGGAUGCUAGUGUUGUGGAGGUAGCAAGGGCAAAGAUUAGGGAGUACUUUGAGAAGAAGGGUGGUGAUUUGCAUAAGGCGACAGAGGCUCGGGCCAAGUUGUAGAAUGGUAGAGGACAGGCUUGGAGGGGAGUUUGGAGGUUUGCGGGGCUUGGGCAUGGAGUACGGAGUGUACAAUUGGGUGGAUUAAUGUCUUAAGUAAUACCGAAUCCUAUGAUCAUUCCAUUAAAUGAAGUUCUUUUAUCU